AUGUCUGCCGGUCGAGCCUCUCCGAUCUUCCAGCCAAGCUCUCCACUGUCACCAAAAAUCGACCAUCUGGCUCUACCGACGCAAGCACGCCGCCGUGGCCACUCCAGCAGGCAGCAUAGCGGGAGCGGUUCUCUGAAGCUACCAGGACUGCCACGCUUCCAUCCAGCCAACUUCCCGUCUCAAAACUCGAGCACCGCCAAUACUCCAAGCUCAGGCAUCGGCAGUCCGCAGCCACCACUCUCUCCGCGUAUCCAGAACAAGCAGUACUCGGAAGCCCAGAGGCAGCUCUAUCUUUAUCAGCGCGACCUGAUGUCCACCGCCAAGGGAAGAUCGUACUCCAACCACAAGCCGGCCAGCCCACGCCUGAUGCCUCUCGGUAGCCCGGGGCCGGUCACGCCACUUGAGCUGGAGGGACAAGGCGGCGAUUACCUUCUUGCGGCCGCCAGUGCAAAGGGCGCGUCACCCGGUGAGAUUGUAGAUACGAUCAUUCGCGAGGAAGCAAAGCGGCGAGACCAACUAUCUCCACAGCCUCCAGCUUCUAGUUCACCCUUCGGCAGGCGCUAG